AUGGCCUGCGUCAGUGAUGAGAGCUGGGUCGCGCUCCCCAAAAUGCUCUCGGAACGCUUGGCUCUGAGAGAAGAAGACCGCCACGACGACGAGCAGCCCAGCUUUUUCGUGUCCGAGUCCACCGCGUACCGGUUAGAGAAGGUUUUUCCUGUGUACGCAUUGGGGAUUCCGAAACCCGACUCCGACCCGGUUAACCGGGCUUCGGUUUCGGGCGACCCGAUAUGGGAUGCCGUCAGGGAAGAGGCCAAGUUGGAGGCAGAAAAGGAGCCAAUUUUGAGUAGCUUCUUGUAUGCGAGCAUCUUGGCGCAUGAUUGUUUAGAGCAGGCGUUGGGCUUUGUUCUUGCCAAUAGACUGCAAAACCCGACUCUUUUGGCAACCCAGCUGAUGGAUAUAUUUAAUGAUGUGAUAAUGCAUGAUAGAGAUAUUCAACGUUCUGUUCGCUUAGACGUGCAGGCAUUUAAAGACCGUGAUCCAGCUUGCUUGUCUUAUUGUUCUGCCCUAUUGUAUCUUAAGGGUUACCAUUCUUUGCAAGUGCAUCGAGUAGCUCAUUCAUUGUGGAGUCAAGGACGCAAGGUUUUGGCCUUGGCAUUACAAAGCCGAAUUAGUGAGGUCUUUGGAGUGGACAUUCACCCAGCUGCAAAAAUUGGAGAGGGAAUACUGCUGGAUCAUGGUACAGGUGUGGUUAUUGGUGAAACUGCUGUUGUAGGAAACAGAGUUUCAUUGAUGCAUGGUGUAACUUUGGGGGGAACUGGGAAGGAAAUUGGUGAUCGUCACCCAAAAGUAGGUGAUGGUGCACUAAUUGGAGCCAGUGCAACAAUACUCGGGAAUAUAAAAAUAGGUCAAGGAGCAAUGAUAGCUGCUGGUUCCCUUGUGUUGAAAGAUGUCCCUCCACGCAGCAUGGUGGCAGGAAUACCAGCAAAGGUGAUUGGAUAUGUAGAUGAAAAAGAUCCUUCGUUAACAAUGAAGCAUGAUGCCUCCAAAGAGUUUUUCGAACAUGUAGCUGUUCAAUGUAGAGAUACAAGAUCUGCUGGAGGUCACAGUUCAGAAAGAACUCAUAGGAGCACCUAA